GUGGUGGACUGUGUACUGGCUUUCGGAAGGUUAAGAGGGCAGUCUGGUUAUUGUGGUUAUGUAUAAAUGUGUACAAAUUAAAUGUUAAACUGCACCGUGGAAAAAAGAGGCUCGGGUUAAAACGGUCAGAGGUUUGGCGCGUGAACUUUGGUUGUCACAGUCAGCGGCGCGUGAAAGAGCUGUUGAACCAUCAGGAAGAAGAAGACGCGUCACCGCCCGCUUAGAGCUCCCUCAGCAGGGGACUAGAAAACACACUGCGGCCAUGGCUGCCCUCGGUAACCCGGGGACUUCUACAUCCAGUCCGAUGGUUGUCCUGGCGCCGAAAACGAAGACGAAGAAGAAGCACUUUGUUCAGCAGAAGGUGAAGGUGUUCCGAGCCAGUGAGCCCAUUGUGAGCGUGUUCAUAUGGGGCGUCAAUCACUCGAUCAAUGAUCUCAGCCAGGUGCCUGUUCCUGUCAUGCUCCUGCCUGAUGACUUCAAAGCCAACACUAAGGUCAAAGUCAACAAUCACCUCUUCAACAAAGAAAACCUUCCUGGGCAUUUUAAGUUUAAAGAAUACUGCCCUCAGGUCUUCCGAAAUCUAAGGGAACGUUUUGGUAUAGAGGAUCUGGACUAUCAGGUGUCUUUAACUCGUAGCCCCCCGGUGAGAAGCGCUGAAGAUCAUGGAGAGAGUCUCCUUCUCAACUCCUACGACCGAACUCUUGUGAUCAAGCAGAUUUCCAGUGAAGAUGUUGCAGACAUGCACAACAUCCUCUCAGAGUAUCACCAGCACAUCGUGAAGUGUCACGGCAACACGCUGCUGCCACAGUUCCUGGGAAUGUACCGGGUGAGCGUAGACAGCGAGGAGGCAUACCUGAUCGUCAUGAGGAACAUGUUCAGCCACAGGCUGGUGGUGCACAGGAAGUACGACCUGAAGGGCUCUCUGGUGGAUCGUGAAGCAAGUGACAAAGAAAGGGAAAAAGAGCUUCCAACCUUUAAGGACAUGGACUUCAGGAACAACAUGCAGAAGGUGUACGUUACAGAUGAGGAGAAGGAGAAGUUUAUGGAGAAACUCAACAAAGAUGUGGAGUUCCUGGUGAAGCUGAAGAUCAUGGACUACAGCUUAUUGCUUGGCAUCCAUGACAUUGGACGAGCCGAACGGGAGGAGGAGGAGAGCGGGGAGGCCUCCAACGAGGAAGAACCCGAGGCAGAGAACGGGCUGGCCCCGGGCCCCGCCGUGGGCUCUUACGGCACCUCCCCUGAAGGGAUCGCUGGUUACAUGUCUUCCUGCAAGCCCCUGGGGCCGGGGGAAUUUGAUCCAUACGUGGAUGUUUAUGCUCUACGAAGCUGCCCAGGAGCCCCACAGAGGGAGGUCUACUUCAUGGGCCUGAUAGACGUUCUGACACAGUACGACACCAAGAAGAAAGCUGCUCAUGCUGCAAAAACUGUCAAACACGGGGCCGGUGCUGAAAUCUCCACAGUCCACCCUGAGCAGUACGCCAAGCGAUUUCGAGACUUCAUCUCAAAGAUUUUUGCGUAACACUGCUGGCACCGUGAUCCGAAGUCCCUCCAGCUGAGAGCUUCAACUGUAGAUCAACUAUAGGCUGCACACAUGAAUCAUUAUCUAAAAUAGGUGAUGAGACAAAACUUGCUGCAUUAUGAUGCAUAUAUUUAUUUUAAAGAUAAUCUUUAUUUCUUUAGGUAUUGAACACUGUUAAAUAGGUUGAGGACAUUAAACUUACAAUGUGGAUGUAAAAACACUAUACAUAUUAGGAUGAAUUUAGAUUAGUGAAAAGGAGCUAGCUCUGUUUUAAAGGAACAGUACUCUCUAAAUGACAGCUCUAGAUUAAUAUUUAAAGUUGGGAUCGGUUGUUGUUUAAAAUUUGUGUGAAACUGAAGGUAAUUUCUGACAGCUGAAGCAAACAUGGGGUUUAUACCAACAACUUACCUGGAAGAAAAUGUACUCUUAGUAUUAAACAGAGGUUAGAUUUAGGUUGAUAUCUCCAUAAACCUGCCAAACAAAUAAUCCUGAGAUGCUCUGAUAUGGUUGAUUAUAGAAAGAGCUGAGCUGCUCCCUGCUUCCAGUCUUUAUGCAAAGCUAAACAUUUACUGUAACUUUGAUGUGUAAAGCAGAGGAGUUCUGCAGUGGAGGAGCAUUUUUCCCAAAUUAUUUCCUAACUUUUUAGAUUUAUAAUAAAUGUUUUUUUUUUUCUCUUCGCAAACAGUUGGAAUAAGAUCCAUGGAGUCUGUAGUUAGUAGAUUGCCAAACAAGUGGGCCAAAAGCUUUAUCAGAGCAGAUCUUUGCACUUUGCCUACAGUUAAUCAGGGGGAGGGAGUUUCGGUUGAAGGAUCAAAUAUUUUAUUUUAUAUUUUGCAUAUUUCCAAGAAGCCUUGAUGGAACCUAAGAAAUCAUAUCUAAGCCAGUGAACAUGUCUUCCAACCCUGCCUGCUUUAGCCAAUAUAAGAGCUGCGAUUAUUAGGAGGCGGGUCCAAAUAUUGGGCAAUCAGUUCUGCCUUUGACCACAUCCAUCGUGGUUUUGACUGGAUUCUGUUUCUAACAGUGUAGCGUUUCUUUUGCAUUUCAGUGGCAAAUGUGUGAUAUUUGUAUUAUUGCAAUAUAAGAAUUAAAGAUAUAACAACAGGACUAGGAUGUAAGUUUAGUUAAUGACAUUUAGGGUUAAAAUUAGGCAGCACUUUCCAGACAGUCGCUCUACAUUCUAGCAGCUCGGCCUUAACACUAGGAGAUAAUUCAGCAUUCCUGAAAGCAGAUGAGGCAAAAUGAAUGCAGUAACUUUGUAUGAUGCCUUGUCUAAUCAGUCGUAGCACAUGAUGCGUUUUGCAAAUAAGCUUUUGGACCAAAUUAUAUUUUGCAAAGGUUUUCUGGAACUUGUUUAUUUCCUUGAAAAUGUUCGAUUAAUGAGACCAGAGAAAAGUCCUGGAUCUGCUAGGAUUGCAGAACGGUUUUUAAGAGACCCGUCUGUCUUUGUGUGACAGUCUUAGAAAUACCUCAACUUUUUAAAUGUUCAUCAUGCCCAGAAAGAGGAAUUCUGUACAUCAUAGUUGUCAAACUUUUCCUCUGACAUCUUUACUCAUUUAUCCAAUAAAUUUGCCCGUUUAAUGUGAUUUUUAUUUUUUCUGUUUGGUUUUUGUUUUGGUUUAUUUCAUUUUCCCUUCAUCUUUAUGGGUCUGGAUAUUUUGGUUUCCUUGUUUUUUCCAUGUACUUUGUAAACUAAUAAAAAUGUGCAAGUGUUGACAUUAACAUAUAAUAAAAGUAUUUUUGGGGGGGGGACGGUCUAAACUUGGCCUUUGCUUUUAUUUCGUCUGAUGUUUUGACAUUAAAGAAUUGUCAUUGUUUUUGACAUGUAGAAAAUACUGUAUUUUUGUUUCCUUUAUGUUUAGAGAUAAAUAUGUGCUCUAUCCUGUUUGAAUAAGCAUUUAAACUUGCAGAAUAAAGCAAACUGAUGCAACAAUAUCAAUA